UGUAAUCGGUCCAAUCAAGACAAAGGCUAGCCUGUUGUUUACCCAAUUAAUCUGUGGUACAAGUCAUGGUACGGUAUCAGCGAAUACUCCUACAUGUACAGUGCUAGUGAGAGGUCACUGAUUUCUAUUGUACUGGAUCCACUCAAGUGUUUUGUUUUGUGAGAGAGUCCCAACAAAAACGGCUACCUCUGUCUGACUGAACUUGGAUAAAAGUGUUAGCUUCUAUGUUUAUGUCUAUGAAUUGAUCAGCCUUCAGAAGAUUCUUGACUCUGUACUUCAGCUGCAGUGAAGCCAGUAUAGUAUAGACUGAUGCAGACCUUCUCUAGAGGGGAGAUAACUUUCAAGGGACGUGUGUUGGCCCAUUAAUCAUGGGGGGCUGUUUUAACUGCCACAAUACCCUUCUCUGGAAACUCCUUUUUGUGUUCUGUGUUUGCUUCAAGCUGUCACUAGGAGCUUUUAUUCGUCAGAAUGUGUUUCAGCACCUCCGGCUCCGUCAAGUAUCUCAGCAAGGAGAGGCGGUGGUGUUCAGACGACAGGAGGCCACACCUACUGAAUCAACGGGGAGCAGCACAGAUGCUGCCGAGUUCUUUUCCAACUAUUGGUUCAUCUUUGUUGUGGUGUUGCUGUUUGUGGUCAUUGUGACUGUCUUUGUGUGUGCGUGUGUGGUGACAGUGAAGAAGAGAAGUCAUCACUCUCUCUCCCUGGAGCUUAACAGUCGGGGUGCUGAGAACAGUCGCUCUCUCCACCCUCAGCGAAGUGUGGACGAACACUCACUCCCUCAGCACACAACAAGGAGUAGUUCUGCAGCAGGGGAAAGUCCCAUCAGUCUUUCAGUGGGACCCACCCCCAUCCCCUCCCCCCAACCGUCAGCUGCCUCUUCUCAACGCUCCUAUCGUAGUCAGGGUGGCAAAAGACGACGCAACCACUCUUCGGGUCAUGUGAGCUCCAGUAGCGAUGAGACGAUACGAGCGUUCCACUCUACCACCUCGCUCAUGUCCCACGGCUCCAGUCAAGGAGGCCACCCCAGGCUACUGCGUACUGAGAGCACGUCUAGUGGUGAGAAGGGGUCCCACUAUCGCCACAGCGGGAGACACGACAGGCAUAAGAGAGCCACCUCUAAUCCACAUAUCAAGGUGCUGCCGUCUGACGGACACUCCUUCUACUCUGCCCCCUCGUCCUCCAUGCAAUCCAUGGAGUCAGUUCGUUCCACUCACUCUGGCUCACAGAGAACUCUUGUCGAUGUCGAUGUCACUGUCCAUUUGGGUGUGGAAAAUGACCAUGAAACGAGAAAAGAGAUAGCAGCAGCACUUGCCGAAUCAGCAAGACAACUUGCCCAGUCAGCAGCUGAUUUCGAUCAAGAGGACUCUUACUCCGUUCAUGGGCGUCGCUCGAGCUCCCAGCUCUCAUAUAGAAGCUCCAUGGCGAGUAGACGGCAGCUUUUCCCUAAUCAUUCUUCCUCUGUUUCCCUCGGCCAUGACCGUUCCUAUUCCCCCAUGACACCCUCGAUCGUCAGUCUGGAUAGGCCCAGGACUCUGGAGCGACCGCACCACACGCUCCCCACUCGGGGUGAAGUAGCCAGACGGAACAGUUUGACUCGUGCCCCUCCCCCCGAAUCACCGCUGAGGAUCUGUCACUCCAGCCAGCGCAUGUUCAGCAACACAGCUAAACUCCCUCCACAUAUGAGGGUCAGUCGUAUUCGGAGUCUGGAGGAUGCAGGGGCACCACUCAGCCAGCGACAAAUCUCACUUGACAAUCUUCAUAGCAGUCCCUCGCCCCCUCACCCUCUUGUCUUCUCUCCUAAAACCACCCUCGCAGAUGGCCAGUUGUUUUCAGUCCCUCACCCUCCUCCACAUCAUCACACCACUGCCAGUCUGGAUUUUUCUAGCAUGGGACAGUCGAGUUCAUUCACUUCCUCUCCAGAGGGGGUACGUGUCUUUAAUGGAGUACACAGUCCACGGUCUCAUGCGUAUGUGAGGAACGAUGGUAGAACUCAUUUUGUGGAGUCUGAUCAUGGUGUUAGUCCCGAUAGUGGAAUGGGGAAUGGAGAUUAUGGAACUGGAACUGAAUCAAGCUCGAGUACCCUACGAUCAUCACAUGUUGAGAACCGUGACAGACUGAGUAGAUUGAGUGAAAAAUCUAUGGAGUAUCUGAACAGUAACGAUAGCACCGAUACUUCUGUAGGCAUGCACAGCGAAGCUGUGCAGAUGUCUAAGAGAAACAGCAAUCAUGGGUUUCCUGCCUCGCCACAUAAAAAGAACUCUAGGUCUGAUGUGUCUGAUGGUAUCAGGGACAAGACCGUCACUUCAAGUAAGCGACGUUGUAAGCAGAGCAACACUAACAUGGAACCAGACUAUCCAGCACAAGGGAACUCGUCGAGCGGCUCUCAAGCCUCACUGGAUGAUAACAGCACUGCAAGUGGGUAUGCAGCCACUGGCAGUGCAAGCAGUGUGGACAGUGUCUCUAUGGAAAACUCACAUGAAUCUAGAUCUUGCGUGAUCCACAGUGAUCUCGAAUCUCAGUUCUCCUACCCUCUUGAGAAACUGUUGUCACAACCACUCAGUUACGAUAUUGAUUGUGAUGACAUCAGCCCUGCCCCUCUGUCAUUAGACGCUCACCAUCACUAUGGAAACAAACAAUCCUACAACAAUGGCAGGUACCAAUCCCAGAGCAGUAUCAAAAAAGUUCAAGCGUCUCAAAAUAGCUACUCUCUGGACUUUCGUAAUAGAGCUCGCUCAGAGACAAAGUUGUUGUCACCUCACAGCAGAGUCCCACUGUAUCACACUAGUCAUGCAGGUCAGAGUAGUUAUCAGUCUGCCAGCAUUACAGUGGAUGUAUAGCGCAUUUACCAGUUACUGUGGCUUUGUUUGUAUAGCUAUUUCUCAUCAAUCAGUCUUUUUGUUGCGUUCAGUGAUGUUUAAUUAUAAUUAUCAACAAAAUUAUUAUUAUUGUUGGAAGAAGUAAA